AUGGCAUUUCUUGAUAAGAGGAGGACUAGUGUUGUUUCUUUCGCAGAUCCGAUUGAGUACACUGUUGGACCAGAAAGUCUCAAAACUACCAUAAAAGAAAAAGAAGAUGAGCAGUCAAACGCGGCAACUAGAAAUGUCUCCACUGCAAGCUGGGAUAGCAUAGAAAAACCCGAAGAAUCAGAUGAUAGAGAUAAUUUUGGAUGGUUCGAAUGUUUAUGCUGCUGUUGCAUCAAAAUUUGCAAUAAAAUUUGA